GCUUCUAAAAUAUAAAUAAUGAUGGCUCUACUUUCCUGCAGGUAUCGCUGGGUUUUCUUGCUUUUUGGAUUUGCAACCUGCUCCACAAACAGGAAACCGCUAUACGGGAUCAUCACAUCCCCCAAUUACCCCAAGCCGUACCCCAAUAACAACAAAACUACCUGGGACAUUGCAGUUCCUGAUGGAUAUAAGAUCUCACUAAACUUUUUGACAUUUGUCAUCGAACCUUCAGAGAAUUGUCACUAUGAUUAUGUUAAGGUGUUUGAUGAUAAGAGAGAGUUGGGGACCUUCUGUGGUCGUCCGCAGUUCAGAUCUCAUCCAGGUCAACAUCACUUUUUGUCUCAACGGAACCAAAUGAGAAUUGAGUUUAAGUCCGAUUUUUCCAAUGAUGAGAAUGAUUCUGAUGACCCAUACUCAGGCUUUCAGGCAUACUAUCGUGCAAUAGACAGAAACGAGUGCUCACAGUCAGACGAUAACAGUGUAACAUGGACCUCUCCGUGUGAGCAUCACUGUCAUAACUUCAUGGGAGGUUAUUUCUGUUCCUGCAUGAGAGGAUACAAACUGCAAAGUGAUCAAAAGAGCUGCAAAGUUGAGUGUAGUAAUGAGCUGUACACAGAGGAAAGUGGAUUUAUCUCUAGCCCAGGAUAUCCCAAGCCAUACCCUGGUGAUCUACACUGUAACUACAGCAUUCGCCUGGAGAAAGGUCUUGUCAUCUCCCUCAAGUUCGAUGACAUUUUUGAGAUUGAUUACCACCCUCGGGUCCACUGUCCAUAUGACACUCUAAAGAUCCUUGCAGAUGAGAAGCUCGUGGACAAUUACUGUGGUCGUCGCUCCCCUGGGACAGUAAAGACAGGCAGCAACAGUAUCAAUAUCGUGUUUGAAACUGAUGAUUCUGGAGACAGCAAAGGAUGGAAACUGUGGUAUUCUGCAGAGCCCAUCCAGUGUCCAAAUCCCGUUCCCCUGGACAGCUUCACCAUCAUCACACCAAAACAGAAUGAAUACCGAAUGAGAGAUUACAUUGUGGUGUCGUGUCAGACUGGAUAUAAACUCAUGGAGAGUCAUGUUGAGCACAGGGGAUACACAAUGCUUUGCCAGAGAGACGGUACCUGGCAUCAACCAAUGCCACAAUGCGAAAUUGUGAGCUGUAAGGAGCCUGAAAUUCUGCAAAAUGGACAGCUGGUAUUCCUGACCUCUCCAAACAAAUGGACUUACUUAUCUGUGUUUGAAUACAGUUGUGACGCCCCAUUUUACAGCAUGCUGACCGCCACUGGCAGCGCAAAAUUCACAUGUUCGGCACAACGCAAAUGGACUGAUGAGAACGGGGGAGAUCAGCCACCACGGUGUAUCCCAGUGUGUGGCAAGCAGUGGGUACCUCCUGAUAAGCCCUAUAGUCGAAUCAUUGGUGGGGACUCUGCAAAAAUCGGAAACUUCCCGUGGCAAGUCCUUCUGAAUAGACAUGGACGCAGUGGUGGAGCAGUUAUUGGGGAACACUGGGUGCUAACAGCAGCUCAUGUACUGUGGGAUAAAACAGCAAGUUCUUCUUCAAAUAUUUUAAAUAAAGAACCCUCUAGUAUCAACCUCUUCUUGGGGGGAGUGAGUGUGGAUGAACAAAUUAAGCAAGGGAGCUAUGCAAUCGCCGAUUAUCAUUUUCAUCCUGAUUAUAAUCCUGAAAACUUUGACAAUGAUAUUGCUUUAAUUAGACUGGAAUAUCCUCUAGUUAUGAACCUGAACGUAUCCCCUAUCUGCCUUCCUGAAAAAAAUGAUUUUUCACUAUACGAGGACAAUAGAAAAGGCUAUGCGAGUGGAUAUGGAGAUACUGGAAAAAACAAGAUUGCAGAUACUUUGCAAUAUGUGACUCUGCCCGUAGGCAGACGGACAAGUUGUCAUGACUUUCUUAAGAAAAAGAAAAAAGAGGUGAUGAAAAUAGAUCAAUCCAAGGAAAUCUUGUUUUCCGAAAACAUGUUCUGUGCUGGAUAUCAAGAGAGUGGAAUGGGAGAUUCGUGUCAAGGGGACAGUGGGGGAGCAUAUGUUACGGACAGAAAUGAAACCUGGGUGGCUACAGGAUUAGUGUCAUGGGGAAUCAGCUGUAGCAGAGGCUAUGGGUUUUACACUAAAGUCAUUAAUUAUGUAGACUGGAUCCUUGGAUACACAGGAAGACUAGCAGUCUGAGCAGGGGGCACCAUGUCUCCAUUCCAGAAGGUCAUUAUAUGCAGGAUUGACAUCCCCCAUAUCUGUUUGAUCUUUCGUUAAAGUGGGUUUGUCACCAAAAAUAAACUUUUUGUAAUCUCUUUCUACAUAGCUCCCUGUGUCUCGGUCUCUUUCGUUUUUUUUACUAAGCGCUCUAGUUUUAAAAACAAUGUACAAAGAAACAUAGGGAAUUCUUUUCCUUAUGUAUAGUAGUCACGUUGAUAGGUGGGCCUUAUACUAGGUUCUGUUUCAAUCAAUCAAAUUUACCCACAAUCCAUCAUUAAACUCAAUUCCCCAAAAAUGCAAAUGGCAGACACCAUGGACAGAGGAGAACAAAAUGGCGGAAUCCAAGUAUUGAGAUCCUGCUCAAGGAAGAGUUGAUUAUAAAUAUAAAUUAAGGCAAGUGCAAAAGAGGGGAGUAUAAUCAUUAAGAAUCAAGGAAAACUGAAAAAAAAAAAAAAUGACGACCACUUUAAAUAUAAAGUUAAUUAAUGUGAGGAGUGUUCCAGCGGGAUAAUUUAAUUUAAGAUUGUCAGUGUGUGCAGACAUCGAGGUAUUAUGAGUUAUAAGUAUAUCCCACGUCCGUUAUAUAGUUGCAUGUGAUAAUUACUCCCUUGGAGGACUACUCUGCCCAACUUUUUUCUGUAAAAAGACAACUUGUUAUCUUUCUAACUUUUAUGGAG